AUGGGGGCCCCGGCCCCGCGCGGCUCCGCGCCCACGCUCUGCCUGCUAUUCGCCUGCGUCUCGCUGCCCUGGGGUGAGCCGACGGGCCCGUCCCUGAGGGUGCAGGCUCUCGGUGAGAAAGGCCACAGCUCUCAGGAGGUGACCCUUGCCAUAGAGGAUGCUACAACAGUGAUAGGAGGCCAGGGGGCUGAAGUCCUGGAGUCCUUGGCCAUGUCCUCUUGGGAAAGACGGCUCCAUCGGGCCAAAUGUGCACCAUCUUACUUGUUCUCCUGCUUCAACGGGGGCGAGUGUGUGUACCCAGCCUUCUGUGACUGCAGACGCUUCAAUGCCACCGGGCCACGCUGCCAGAUGGUGUACAAUGCCGGCCCUGAGCGGGACAGCAUCUGCCGGGCAUGGGGACAGCACCAUGUGGAGACAUUUGAUGGCCUGUACUACUACCUCUCUGGGAAGGGCAGCUAUACCCUGGCGGGGCACCAUGAGCCCGAGGGGCAGACUUUCUCAGUCCAGGUGCACAAUGACCCGCAGUGCGGCUCCUCCCCCUACACCUGCUCCAGGUCUGUCAGCCUCUUCUUUGCGGGUGAGCAGGAGAUCCGUCUGGCCAAGGAGGUCACCCAUGGAGGCGUGAGAGUCCAACUGCCACAUGUGAUGGGGAGCGUGAGUCUGCAGAGGCUUGCUGGCUACGUCCUUGUGCGGCAUCAGUCAGCAUUCACGCUGGCCUGGGAUGGUGCCUCAGCCGUCUACAUCAAGAUGAGCCCAGAGUUCCUGGGCUGGACUCAUGGGCUGUGUGGGAACAACAAUGCCGACCCUCAGGAUGACCUGGUGACCAGCUAUGGGAAGCUGACCGAUGAUGUGGCUGAGUUUGUGCACAGCUGGCAGGAACAAGCCCCCAACCAGCCUCCAAGGCCUACAACUGCCUCCCUGCCUCGCCCACCGUGUCUGCAGCAGAGCCCGGGAACCAUGCAGGGUGUGUACGACCGGUGCGAGGCGCUGCUGCGGCCCCCCUUUGAUGCCUGCCAUGCCUACGUCAGCCCUCUUCCCUUCACAGCCAGCUGUACCAGUGACCUCUGCCAAGCAGUGGGCGAUGAAGCCACCUGGUGCCGGGCGCUGGCAGAGUAUGCCCGAGCAUGUGCCCAGGCGGGGCGGCCCCUGCAGGAUUGGAGGACCCAGCUCCGGCAAUGUGCCGUGCACUGCAAGGAGAAGGCCUUUACCUACAACGAAUGCAUCGCCUGCUGCCCUGCCUCCUGCCAGUCCCAGGCAUCCUGUGUGGACAGCGAGAUCGCCUGUGUGGACGGCUGUUACUGCCCCGAUGGGCUGAUCUUUGAGGAUGGGGACUGCGUGGCACCAGCUGAAUGUCCCUGUGAGUUCCAUGGGACCCUGUACCCAACUGGCUCUGUGGUGAAAGAAGACUGCAAUGCCUGCACAUGCACUGCGGGCAAGUGGGUGUGCAGCACAUCUGUCUGCCCAGCCGAGUGUUCAGUGACUGGCGACAUCCAUUUCACCACCUUUGACGGCCGCCGGUACACGUUCCCUGCCACGUGUCAGUACAUCCUGGCCAAAAGCCGCUCCUCAGGCACCUUCACAGUGACAUUGCAGAAUGCCCCCUGUGGCCUGAACCAGGACGGAGUCUGUGUCCAGUCAGUGUCAGUGAUUCUGCAUCAGGACCCUCGGAGGCAGGUGACCCUGACCCAAGCGGGGGAUGUCCUUCUGUUUGACCAGUACAAGGUCACCCCACCCUACACGGAUGACGCCUUUGAGAUCCGGAGGCUGUCCUCCAUGUUCCUGCGGGUGAGGACCAACGUGGGCGUGCGGGUGCUCUACGACCGCCAAGGACUGCGGCUCUACCUACAGGUGGACCAGCGAUGGGUGGAAGACACCGUGGGCCUCUGUGGCACCUUCAACGGCAACACGCAGGACGACUUCCUGUCCCCAGUGGGUGUGCCUGAGAGCACCCCACAACUCUUUGGCAAUUCAUGGAAAACUCUGUCUGCCUGCUCCCCGCUGGUCUCUGGCUCCCCUCUGGACCCCUGUGAUGUGCACCUGCAAGCAGCUUCCUAUGCGGUGCAGUCCUGCAGCGUGCUCACCGGGGAGCUGUUUGCACCCUGCUCGGUGUACCUGAGCCCCGUGCCCUACUUUGAGCAGUGCCGCCAGGACGCCUGCCGCUGUGGGCAGCCUUGCCUGUGUGCCACGCUGGCCCACUAUGCUCACCUGUGCCGGCGCCACGGGCUCCCUGUUGACUUCCGCGCCCACCUGCCAGCCUGUGCACUGUCCUGUGAGGCCACCAAGGAGUAUAGCCCCUGUGUGGCCCUGUGUGGACAAACCUGCCAGGACCUGGCCAGCCCUGUGGCCUGUGGGGUUGGUGGUGGCAGCGACCUCAGCGGGGACGAGUGUGUGGAAGGCUGUGCCUGCCCACCGGACACCUAUCUGGAUACCCAGGCUGACCUCUGCGUCCCUAGGAACCAAUGCUCCUGUCACUUUCAAGGAAUGGACUAUCCCCCUGGAGACAGUGACAUCCCAUCUCUGGGCCACUGCCACUGCAAAGAUGGAAUCAUGAGCUGUGACAGCAGACUCCCAGCCACUGCCUGCCCGGUGGGCCAGGUCUUCGUGAACUGCAGUGACCUGCACACCGACCCCGAGCUGAGCAGAGAGAGGACAUGUGAGCAGCAGCUGCUGAACCUGAGCGUGCCAGCUCAUGGCCCCUGCCUCUCAGGCUGUGCCUGUCCCCAAGGCUUGCUCAGACACGGGGAUGCAUGUUUCCUGCCAGAGGAUUGCCCAUGCACUUGGAAGGGGAAGGAAUAUUUCCCUGGGGACCAGGUCAUGUCUCCCUGCCAUACCUGUGUGUGCCAGCGGGGCUCAUUCCAGUGCACUCUCCACCCCUGUGCUUCCACCUGCACGGCCUAUGGCGACCGGCACUACCGCACAUUUGAUGGGCUCCCGUUUGACUUUGUGGGGGCAUGCAAAGUGCACCUGGUCAAGAGCACAUCGGAUUUCAGUUUCUCUGUGAUUAUAGAGAACGUAGACUGCUACAGCUCUGGCAUCAUCUGCAGGAAGUUUAUUUCCAUCAACGUUGGGAACUCACUCAUCAUCUUUGAUGAUGACUCAGGAAAUCCUAGUCCUGAGAGCUUCCUGGAUGAGAAGCAGGAGGUCCACACCUGGCAAGCAGGGUUUUUCACAUUGGUGCAUUUCCCAAGGGAACACAUCACCCUCUUAUGGGACCAAAGAACCACAGUGCACGUCCAGGCUGGGCCACAAUGGCAGGGCCAGCUGGCUGGACUCUGUGGGAACUUUGACUUAAAAACCAUCAAUGAGAUGAGGACUCCAGAGAAUUUAGAGUUAACUAACCCCCAGGAGUUUGGCAGCAGUUGGGCUGCAGUUGAGUGCCCAGAUACCCUUGAUCCCUGGGACACAUGUGUCCUGAAUCCUCUCCGGGAACCGUUUGCCAGAAAGGAGUGCAGCAUUCUGCUCAGUGAGGUGUUUGAGACCUGCCACCCUGUGGUCGAUGUCACUUGGUUUUACUCAAACUGCCUGACAGACACAUGUGGGUGCAACCGGGGUGGUGACUGUGAGUGUUUCUGUGCCAGCGUGUCUGCCUAUGCCCACCAGUGCUGUCAGCAUGGGGUGGCUGUGGACUGGAGGACCCCACACCUCUGCCCGUAUGACUGUGACUUCUUUAACAAAGCACUAGGUAAGGGUCCCUACCAACUGGCCAGCUUGGCAGGUGGCAGUGUCCUGGUGGCCACCAAGGCUGCAGGCGGUGCCAUAGUCCUAGUGAGUGCAGAGGACGUGGCUCCAGGGGACAUUGUGAACUUCCUGCUGACAGCUGCACUGUACAAGGCCAAGGCUCACGACCCGGACGUGGUAUCCCUGGAGGCAGCGGACAGACCCAACUUCUUCCUCCAUGUCACAGCCAAUGGGUCUGUGGAGCUGGCUAAGUGGCAGGGCAACGUUGCCUUCCACCACCAUGCCUCCUUCUCACUGCACUGGGGGACGUGGCAGGCAGGCCUAGUGGCCCUAGAGUCACUGGCAGAGCCUGGGUCCUUCCUUUAUGUGUUGGGGCCCACGCUGGUCCUGCGGCUGUAUGAGCACACAGAGGUGUUCCGCCGGGGCACGUUCUUCCGCCUUCUAGAUGCCAAGCCCUCAGGAGCUGCCUACCCCAUCUGUGAGUGGCACUACGAUGCUUGUGCCAGCCCCUGCUUCCGAACCUGCCGGGACCCACAGGCAGCUAGCUGCCAGGAUGUGCCCAGGGUAGAAGGCUGUGUACCUGCAUGCCCCACCCCCAAGGUCCUGGAUGAAGUCACACAGAGAUGUGUCUACCUGGAGGACUGUGUGGAACCCAUGGUUUUGCGUCCCACAGAACCUCUUGGCAAUGAGACCCUGCCUCCCAGUCAAGAGCUGCCCACUCCCAGUGACAAGGAGCUGCAGUUUCCACAGGAAGCUCCCAGGGCCCCCUCCCACAAGCCAGCGCUCACUCCAGCUGCCCCACUCACCACAGCCCUGAACCCACCCCUGGUAGCUACUCAGGGGCCAAUGCUGUCUCCAGGCCCCACACAGCCCACUCUGCAGCAGCCGCUGGAGGUCACUGCAUCUAACCUCCCUGUCCACCCCACAGAGGCCCCGGCCAGCAAGGGAGUGACUGCCAGCCACCUGGCCACCUCCCCUGCCCCAGAAUCCUCAUCCCUCUCCCUUUCGCAGCAGACUCCCACACCUAGCAUAGGGCCAAGUGCUAUGAAGACGACUAGGGUGACUCUGACCUUUGCAGGGAGCCCCAACAUCACAGUCUCCUCCCGGUCACCCCCUGCACCUCGCUUCCCACUCAUGACCAAAGCUGUGACGGUCCCAGGCCCUGGCUCCUUGACUAUUAAGACCACGCCCCUCCAGCCCUUCCCAAGCCUAGAGUUGCCUGCAAGUUCCCCCUCCAGACCUGUGGCUUCCCCUGCAGUGACCUCCAGGCCCCUCACUUCCUUGGGAUCCCACAAGGCUUUGCUGACACCUGCAAUAACAGAGGCCACGAACAGGACAGGGAUCCCUCAGCCCAUACAGGCCCAGAGCGUUUCUAGUCCCAGCAGCCCCCUGGCUGAGGCUAGAACAGAAGCAGAACAGGUUCCUGUUAGUCCUCUGGCAACCAAGAGAGUAGAGACGGAGCCACCGACAGAGAAGCAACCUGGGCCCGACCAGCCCCUGGGUAUCCCACCAUCCUCACUUCCAAGCCCCUUCCCCACUGCCCCACUCCACCCUGCCUGGCACACCACCACAGCCACCAGGCUUCCAGCUCCGCCCCCAAAGACUCCAGCUGCCACCAGCCAGUCCACAGUUGCUCACGGGCUGGGGGUCACACCCUUCGUGUCUCUGGACUCAACUCGGCCACACCAGCUCCUCUCUGGCCUGCCUCUUGAUACCAGCCUGCCCUUGGCCAAGGUGGGCACAUCUGCCCCAGUGGCCACGCCCGGGUCCAAGGGUUCUGUCACCACCCCUCUGCUCCCGCAGCAGCAGGCCACAUCUCCCCCUAUGGCCACAACUCCACCUGCUCAGACACUCAGCUCAGCACCUCCUCUCACCCCCUCUGUGGGCCAGGUAGACCUGCCCCAUCACAUAACCCCUCAGGCAGUAGGCACGGCACCAGGCCUGUUUCUGGGAGCCACAUUGCCAGCCUCUGGAGUCGUGGCCAUGGCUGAGGGGGCAGCCUCCACAGUAUCUGUUGCCCCACAAAAAAGCACCGCAGAGAAGAUGGCCAUCCUGUCCAAGCAAGUGUCUCUGCCCACCAGGAUACAUGGCUCUGCCCAGGGGGGGCCCACAGAACUCACACCUGCUGUGGCCCACACUCUUGCUACCUUGGCACCUGAGGCUGACGUCCCCUGGGCUGGCACAGUGCCACUGGUGCCUACAUCCUAUCCCCUGAGCCGCGUCUCGGCCAGGACCGCCUCCCGAGAGAGCGCACUGGUUCUGCUCCCUCAGCUGCCCGAGGCCCAUGGAACCUCGGCUGGACCUCGGCUCCCAGUAGAGCUGGAGGCAGAGGCCACCACCAAGCAGUCUGGGCGCUCGGCCCCAGCCCAGAGCAUCGCAGCGAGUUCGGCAGAGACCUUGACAACCACCACUGAGGACAGCACAUCUGCCACGUGUGUCCCAAUCGCUGAGCAAGACUGCGUCCGCCACAUCUGCCUGGAGGGCCAGCUGAUCCGAGUGAACCAGUCCCAGCACUGUCCCCAGGGCGCCAAACCCCCUCGCUGUGGGGUCCUGGGCCUCGCAGUGAGGGUGGGCGGGGACCGCUGCUGCCCCGUCUGGGAAUGUGCCUGCCGAUGCUCAAUCUUCCCUGACCUAAGCUUCAUAACCUUUGAUGGGAGCCACGUAGCCCUGUUCAAGGAGGCCAUCUACGUCCUCACCCAGAGCCCCAACGAAAUGGUCACCGUCCAUGUCCUUGACUGCAAAAGUGCUAACCUGGGUCACCUAAACUGGCCCCCGUUCUGUCCGGUGAUGCUGAAUGUGACUCACUUGACCCAUCAGGUCACCAUCGACCGUUUCAACCGGAAGGUGACUGUGGACUCACAGCCUGUCUGGCCCCCUGUGAGCAGACACGGAUUCAGAAUUGAGGACACAGGCCACAUGUACGUGAUCCGGACGCCGUCACACAUCCAGAUCCAGUGGCUCCACAGCUCAGGACUCAUGAUCCUGGAGGCCAGCAAAACCAGCGAGGCCCAGGGCCGUGGCCUCUGCGGUAUCUGUGAUGGGGACGUAGCCAAUGACCUCACCCUGGAGGAUGGUUCUGUGGUCGGUGAGGCUGAGGACCCUGCUCCCUUUCUGGACAGCUGGCAGGUGCCCAGCUCCCUGACCUCGGUGGGCCAGACCCGCUUCCGCCCAGACAGCUGUGCCACAGCUGACUGCUCACCCUGCCUUCGCAUGGUGUCCAACCGCACCUUCAGCGCCUGUCACCGCUUUGUUUCCCCAGAGUCGUUCUGUGAGCUAUGGAUCCGGGACACCAAGUACGUGCAGCAGCCCUGCGUGGCACUGACUGUGUAUGUGGCUAUGUGCCACAAGUUCCACGUGUGCAUCGAGUGGAGACGCUCCGACUACUGCCCCUUCCUGUGUUCCAGUGACUCCAUAUACCAGGCAUGUGUGGCAGCCUGUGAGCCCCCGGAGACAUGCCAGGAUGGGCUGCUUGGCCCACUGGACCCAGAGCAGUGCCAGGUGCUGGGCGAGGGCUGCGUCUGCUCUGAGGGCACCCUUUUGCACCGGCGCCACUCAGCACUCUGCGUCCCUCAGGAGAAGUGCGCCUGCACCGACAGCACAGGGGUGCCGCGGGCCCUGGGGGAGACCUGGAACAGCUCCCUCAGCGGAUGCUGCCAGCACCAGUGCCAAGCUCCCAACACCAUCGUCCCAGUGGACCUGGAGUGCCCAGGGCCCCGCCCUGAGGCCUGCCCACAUUUCGGGGAGGUGGCUCUGCUCCUGCCCACUGAGGAUCCCUGCUGCCUGGGGACAGUUUGUGCCUGUGGCGACUGUCCAGAUCCCAUCCCUGAGUGUCAGGAAGGAGAGGCGCUCACCGUGGACAGGAACACCACAGAGCUCUGCUGCCCUGUGUACCAGUGUGUGUGUGAGAGCUUCCGCUGUCCUCAAGUACAGUGUGGCAUGGGCACUGCUCUGGUGGAGGUGUGGAGCCCAGACCGCUGCUGCCCCUACAAGUCCUGUGAGUGUGACUGCGACACAAUCCCGGUGCCCCGGUGCCACCUGUGGGAGAAGUCCCAGCUGGACGAGGAGUUCCUGCACAGCAUGGAGAACGUGUGUGGAUGCGCCAAAUACGAGUGCGUGAAGGCCCCCGUGUGCCUGAGCCGUGAGCUGGGGGUGAUGCUGCCGGGCCAGACCGUGGUGGAACUCUCGGCCGAUGGCGUGUGCCACACCUCCCGCUGCACUGACGUGCUCGACCCUCUUACCAGCUUCUACCAAAUCAACACCACCUCUGUGCUGUGUGAUGUGCACUGUGAGGCGAAUCAGGAGUACGAGCAUCCACGGGACCUAGCCGCCUGCUGUGGCUCCUGUAGGAACGUGUCCUGCCUCUUCACUUUCCCCAACGGCACCACCUCCCUGUUCUUGCCUGGGGCGUCCUGGAUCGCAAACUGUACCCGCCAUCACUGUGGCAACACGCCCCUGGGCGCUGUGCUUGUCCGCUCACCCAUCAGCUGCCCGCCACUCAACGAGACCGAGUGUGCCAAGGUUGGGGGCUCAGUGGUACCUUCCUUGGAAGGAUGCUGCAGGACAUGUAAAGAGGAUGGGCGCUCCUGCAAGAAGGUGACCAUCCGUAUGACCAUCCGAAAGAAUGAAUGCAGGAGCAACACCCCUGUGAACCUCGUGUCCUGCGACGGGAGAUGCCCAUCCGCCAGCAUCUACAACUACAACAUCAACACCUACGCCCGCUUCUGCAAGUGCUGCCGGGAGGUGGGCCUGCAGCGCCGCUCCGUGCAGCUCUUCUGCGCCACCAACGCCACCUGGGUGCCCUACACAGUGCAGGAGCCCACCGACUGCGCCUGCCAGUGGUCCUGA